AUGAAUAACACGAUCCAGCCACGAGAACCGGUGCACCCGCCGCCAUACUCGGAAACUCAACCCCGACGUCGAGAAGAAUGGGAGGAGUGGGAAGACGACGAGCCCAUCACACCGAUCGACGCUGGUGAGCAAGUCUUCCCCUCUCCAUUGAACGUCGGAGCUAGAAAUUCGAAGCUUGCCGCACGACGAUCGUCGAGAGCUUCUGCUACAAGGAUCAAUCGGGUCAAGUCACGACAAAGACAAAAGGCCCAGAAUGCAAAGGCUGGGAUCAAGCUCAUCACCGACAUGUCGUCUUUUCGACGCCAAAACUACAUGCCAACACCGGUUGAACGUACUGGAAAGUUUGUUGAUGCGGCUGCCUUGAAGGCGUUGGAAGGAGAACCGACCUCGGCUUCGGUAGGGAACUGGAACUGGUUCAAAAAGAGUAAAGACCAAAGUCCGGCCACUGCAUCACCGCAGUCAUCAGCCAGACCAGCUCAGUCAGCUCGCACCCCGGACAACAAGCUUUCACCAGAUGAUAGACCUAUUGUUAUUGGCCUGGCUUUUUCGUCUGAAGAAGCGAGUAUCGCUUCCCGAUACGAUACCACUCCAACACCCAUCGAGCCCUCAUCACAACCAUACCUGCCUCGUAAUACUGUGAACAAUUCAGCUUCGCCUCUGGUACCUGCCCAACAGAAAUCUGUAUGGUCACCCGACACCCCGGAUACUGUGUCCUCAUUCAGCACCAUUCGCUACACUUCCAGUAUAUACUCACAGUUCCCGUCUCCCGGUACGACCACGGCUGGCAAUGUCCCUCCCGUACCAGCCGUUCCAGCAAACUUCAAGAAAUCAGCUCAUAAGAGGCUCAUCAGCUUGGAGCUAGGAGGCAGAACUCCUGAUGAGUCUGACAGUGGUACCCCAUGCACGUUGUUCGAAGAAGAUGGAACUCCAAGCCCACACAAGCAAAUCAAGGCAAAGACAUCAGUACUGACGCCCGACAGCGCUGCAUCCAAGUCCCGUGGCUGGUGGGAUCACCAUGUUGUCACUCCUUUUAUGGAGAACCGACUCACAUUCACUACCAGCCCAAAGGUGUACACUGAAUCUCCAAGGAGUGUUCGAGGGGAUGAAUGGUGGAACAAGCCGGAGACAAAAAGCCCACAGGGAGAUUAUCUUACACCAAAGUUGAAUCCUGCUUCAUUCCAGACACCCAUUGUCAAAGCUCCAACACCACGCCGGACACCGUCGCCUCGUAUCGAGCAUACUCAGGAAAGCGAGUCUGGCCCUUCCACCGCAAGAGCAUCUCCAGUCCCCGAAGCCACCACUAUGUCAGAGAAACCUCGGAUUCUUGUAACAGAAGAAGAAGAGAGCGUCGGCGAGCAGCUUCCUGCGUACUCGCCACCGGAAAAGACAAGUCAGACUGGCCCUAUCAGAUACAGAGCAGUCUUCCCACCUGGACAUCCGCUCCAAAGUCAAUUCCCGCCAUCUCCAUCUCCAGCCCCUGCAUCUCCAAGACCCAUAUCUCCAGGCCUCUCGUCUACGAUGUCCUCGCAACGAGCCGAUCAGAUGACUGAUAUCCCGCUCACGCCCGCUCCUCGAGACAACUUGCGUCUCUCACAAAUGCCACUUCCGACACGCCCCUUGGGUACAGCAGUGCCACGUGAACACCCACACAGCGAUGCUGGCUUUGUGACCAAGACCGAGCGUCAGAGACGUCGGGAUGAAAAGGAAGAAUCCAUUGCUCGCCGCCUGGGUGGUUUCUGGAGAGGUAGAGGAUGUGUUCCAAAGAGAGGUUGUUUUGGCCGAACAGGACGCGAGGGUCGUCAACGCCGUCGAGUCUGGAUGAUUGUUUUGGGAAUUCUUCUCGUCAUCAUAAUUCUGGCGAUCACUCUGGGUGUGGUUUUGACACGACCCAAGCAUUCAGAAGAAGUGCCAUCAAUUUGGGUUAACUUGACAGACUUUCCACCUAUGCCAACAGGAGACCUGUCCAUCGUUGGACCAGACAAUACAAUGGAAAGAAGUAGCUGCACCAAGCCAUCCACUAUGUGGAGCUGCUCUCUGCCCAAGGAACAGCACGACUCCGUGAAGCCUUACAACGCCAACCAGCCUACUAUCAUGAUGCAGAUCCAGUGGGAUAACAGUACCCGUGAGAACUGGAAGACCCCCAAUGGAGAUGCGCCUUCGGUCAAGGCACGUCGAAGCAUGGGAAGUGCCGUGAAUGCCGGAGACGUAAUCCGAGCACGGCAGACACCCGACUUCAAGCCCAGUCCUGAUCCACCUGAGUUUAAGGAAAUGUGGUUUUUGGGAAACACCACCGACGGAAUCCAGUCUGAUGAAAAAGGAGGCGAGCCAACCCCUUUUUACAUCAGCUUGAUUGACCCUGCCGAAGAGGACGAGCGCAAAGAGCUUGCCAAGCGACAAAAUGAGGCAGAGGGGAACUCCAGUAUCCCUGACCUCCGUAGCAUUCUCCCACCACCCGACCUCAACCAGGAUGGUACUCCUAAGCCCGCAGUGUUACUUCCACAGCCAGUCCAACAGCCAGUACGCCUCUACGAUCGUGGUCUUCCAACGGAACACUAUGGGUUUUACACAUAUUUCAAGCGUACCAUCUUCCUCAAGUCCACAGGAGUCCUCAACGACACCAAAGAGGGCGAUAUCCCGCUAGAUGAGGAUGGUGGCAGCAAGGAGACAGAAGCAGAUUUCAUUGUGACAUGGGCCGAGACACGUCUGCUCGUCCAGAUUUGGACACGCAAGUUGGCUGCCAACACGUCGCAACUGAUCGAUUCUGAGGAGAAGGGUGGCAUCGACGGCUCUGCAGAGCUCAUUCGACCAGGAACGAUGCCGUACCCUGUUACAGUCACAAUGGACACACAUGGAGGAGAUCGAGAGAAGAAAUUUGUCUGGUCUUGGCCUAUCGAUGACAGACAAAACAUUGACGAUGAGAAUCCCAAGCUGCUCGUCAACAACAUUGGGGCGGGCGGUCCAUGGAUCAAUGUCAGAGCUGGAGGUGAUGAGAAACUUGGCGGAUUCGACGGCGGGACCGGAGGAUGCAAUAUCUGGGAUCAACUUAUAAUAUCUCGCAAGAUGCGGUCUAUCUUAUUGAGCGGAAAUAGGAGGACGCUCUUAGGUGGCAUCCAGCGACAGAGGCGCCUUCUAACGACCCUCGCGAUUGAAACAUCAUGUGACGACACAGGUGUCGCUAUCCUUCGUCAUACCUCACAAUCAACAGAACUUCUUUUCAACGAACGCAUAUCCUCGGACAAUCGCGUUUUCAAAGGGAUACAUCCUAUUGUAGCAGCAAAAGGCCACAGCGUAGCCUUAGCACCUCUUGUUCGUCGUGCGCUAGACGUUUUACCAGCUGCAGAAGAUGAAGACACCAAGAGAAUCUGCUACGCUAGUGGCGUGAGAAAACAGGUUCCGGACUUUGUAUCUGUAACUCGCGGACCAGGAAUGCGUUCGAAUCUAGGAAUUGGACUGGAUAUGGCAAAGGGACUGGCUGUUGCUUGGGGCGUACCCUUGGUGGGUGUUCAUCAUAUGCAGGCUCAUGCUCUGACACCACGACUGGCGAGAGCAUUGGGAAUGAGUAUGGGCGAAGCAGAAGAGUCUAGAGGAGGGCCAGAGUUUCCCUUUAUUUCUCUUCUUGUUUCUGGCGGCCAUACUCAGCUUGUUCACUCAACAGGUCUGACAGAGCACUCCAUAGUCGCUACGAGUGGUGACAUUGCCAUUGGAAACCUCCUUGACCAGACAGCUCGUGAUAUCUUGCCGUCCGAGAUAUUCGAUGCGAGCGAGCAUGUCAUGUACGGCCGUCUUCUGGAAGCUUUCGCCUUUCCACCAGGCGCUGAUACAACUGCCGCUUACGAAGCUGUCUUUACGCCGCCGGCCUCCCGUUCCGCAGAAAUGACUCCUUCACCCACAGGCUACGACUGGAACAUCCCCACGCCUUUCCGACAAACUCGCAAGCUCGCCUUCUCUUUCAGCAGUAUUUAUACCCACGUCCAUGAUCUGGCGACAUCCCGCCCUUCCAUGUCCAUCCUUGAACGUCGCACUCUAGCACAGCACACUAUGAUGGCAGCGUUCGUUCACCUCGCAGGUCGAUUAUGUAUCGCUCUUGACGACAAGCCCGAGCUACGAGCUGCCAAGACUCUCGUUGUGGCGGGUGGUGUUGCUAGCAACAAGUUUCUCAUGCACGUUCUACGGUCCAUGCUGGCUGUUAGGGGUUACGAGGGGAUGGAGAUUGUUGCGCCACCCGUGGAGCUGUGUACUGACAAUGCGGCCAUGAUAGCUUGGACGGGUAUGGAGAUGUUUGAGGCUGGGUAUGAAUCUGAGUUGAGCAUCACAGGGAUUGGAAAGUGGCCUAUGGACCCUGAGGUUGGGGAGGGGAUAUUGGGCGUCGAUGGCUGGAUAAAGAGAGACUGA